GUCAAUCUAAAGGUUAUGUGAUAUCCAGUGGGAGGAAUUUUUAAUGAUAAGCAGAGUUAGUUUAACGAAGAGAUGGACCAGUCGCCCCCUAUUAAACCGCCCAGGGGGGUGAAACCCAUAAAAGAAACGAGCGGUCUGCUGAUGUCAGUAAUUCGCACCUUAUCAGCGAGCGAAACCAACGAACAAAGGGACAGGGAGAAGGCCAAGCUAGAAACCGAUUACAAAAUCUGCGACCAGAAACUAGACGAGCUAGUCUCCAAGCACGAAAAUGAUCUUACCAAGGUCAUGCAACUGUUUAGCACCAUUUCACAAAUCGUGUCGUCUAACAGAGAAAAAAUUAAGAGAGUCAAGGAAAACCUUCAAGACUGCAAGAAAAAGUUGAGGUGUCGAAGAGAUGAAUUGAAGAGCUUGUGGUUGGAAGGCUUGGAGUACAAAUACAUGCUGAAGCUGUUGGACGAGAUAGAAAAAAUGAAUGAAGUUCCUAACCGUCUGGCGAAUCACAUGUCCAGGAAACAGUAUUUACACGCUACGAACCUUCUGGUGGAGGCUGUAAAUUUGGGGAAAGGUACUUUAGAAGGGGUGGAGAGCCUGAAGGAGCUCAGUCAGGAGCUCGAGCAGAAGAAAGAGCAACUACACCUGCAACUGUUAUCCGAGCUGAAAAACCACUUGUAUACGAAGCCUUACCAACACAUUUUAGCGCUGCGCAGGCAGGGGUCGGGUCGAGACGGGUUUCUGAUUAAUUCUCCCUUGCAGAGAAGCACGGAAAUGAGGAGGUCUGGUAGGAAUCGAUCGACCGCCUCGAGGAAUCUUCUAAACGACAUCAACAGGGGCGAAAAACGGGACGUCGUCAACGAUAGCUUCGAAAUAGAGGAGGAUCUCGACAAGCCAAAUCCCGAAGAUGAUCCCAGGAAUUUCGUCGCUAUUUUAGUGAAGAGCUUGUGUUUACUUGAAAAGUUGCCUUUCGCCGUCAACAUUAUCGUUCAGGAGAUGCAGCUGUCGCUUUUGGGUAUUAUAGAGAAAUCCACGCAGCACGUUAAGGAUUACGCGGACGGGAUCGACUCGAAGCUCGCGCUGAAAGAGUUGGUACAAAUCGUCUUCGAUCAGUUCAAGGAAGUGGCGGACGCUCACUUUUUGUUGCUGAGAUUUAUAGAGAAGGCCAGUAGAGCCCAUAAAAUCGAAAUUAAGUUGUACAGCGUCCAGUAUUAUUGGUCUCAAGUUCAGUUUGUGCUUCAGUCUUUCCUCACCGAUUACUUGGAUAUCCAGAACAUGUCUAGCGACAUGCAGAUCAGUGAUAUUGUGGAUACAAACGAUAUUUCCAUGUAUUUCUCGAGGAGGAAACAGCCAACCAAAAAGAAGGCUUUGUUCAAAUUCGACGGCUCGUCGAGCGCCCUUACGCUGAGCAGUACCCUGAAAUCCACCAAAAAGGACAAAGUACUUAUAUGCCCCUCGCACCCGAACAACAUAUUGAUAGUGUUCAUCCCGGUCAUGUGCUUUAUCGAGGAAAUCGAACAAAUCACGAACGUCUCGCACGGGUCCUGCAAUCUCUACCAGUUCAUAACGCAACACGUCUCGAACAUCUACCUCAAACGCAAGUCCGAGGAGGUUAUUGAUCAAAUAGAGGCCGCGGUAAGGGCGUCGGACGCCUGGAAAGCCACUGUCUUGCUGGACUUAACCGCCGACUACAAGCCUUUGCUAGUGAGUACCGUGACGGUGGAACGUUGCAUACGGGAGUGGAAGGCCGUAUUGCAAGCGUUGCCGUUGUACAGCGAGAAAAUCGCGGAGUAUUCCUACAAGGCCUUGCGAGAGUACAAAGACACCUGCUACGCCGCUUACAGGGGCAUAGUCCAGCCCCAUUCCGAGGACCGUCGGAUCUGCAGCGCGGCAUGGCUAAAGGACGACGACAUCAGCAGGUUUUUAAAGUCGUUACCGAACUGGCUGAACCUGAAGGCCCAGCAGGAGUUCCAGGCCCGCAGCGAGCGUAGCCGGCGGGCCCUGAGGCGGGACCACCCUUCCGAGGAGGAAAGCCCGGAGGACGUCCGCAUGAGGAACAGACGGGAGGCCGAAAUAUUGGCCAGUAACUUGGGGGAGGGCGGCGUCUCCGCGGGGGAGAUACUCUCCGAUAUGAGCCUGCUGAAAGAGCUGGCGCAGCUGCAGGAGAGCAUGGAGUGGUUCUCGGUGAGGAUGUUCCAGUUCACCAGCGACUUCAGACAGGAGCCCUCGAGCCUCUCCCCGCCCAAGCAAGACAAUAACCACAAGGACUGCGCCCCGCCCAUAUCGGCCGCCACGUUGCAACACCUCACCGGCAUCGCCCAGGAAUUCGACGAGCUGGCCAACACGUGCCUUCUGCUGCUGCACCUGGAAGUGCGGGUACAGUGCUUCCACUACCUCUUGGCGCAGACAUACUACAACAAGGAGACGCACGAGCCCGAUCCGAAAGUGUUGGAGCUAAGCAGGGUGCUGGCGAACGUCGACGAGGCGAUGACCUCCAGUCUGCACCCCAGGAAGUGCAAGUAUAUUUUCGAGGGUCUCGGACACCUGAUAGCGAAGAUACUGAUCAGUUCGGCGCAGUACAUGAACGUUAUAGACGAGGCGGGGAUUCAGAGGAUGUGCAGGAAUAUAUUCGCCCUUCAGCAGACCCUGACGAACAUCACGAUGACCAGGGAGGUGGCUUUGGACCAUGCCAGGCACUACUUUGAGCUGUUCUUCUUGACCCCAGAGGAAAUACUGAAUGGGAUCGUAGACAAGGGCCCCGAAUUUUCGGAGCUCGAAUACAUGAACGCCUUCCAACUCCUCAAUAGGAGUAAGUCCGGCAAAGAGUUGGGACUGGUGUCCGUUCACUUAGAGAGGCUGUCCGACAUUCUCGGAGAGGUAGGCGUCACGGUCUAACGCUUCUAACGAAUACCUUGCUUUAACUAGUAUUUAUUAAAAUAAGUAAACUAUAAGUAGAGACACACAAAUGUUAUUAUGCUGUUAAGUUGUUUAAAAGAUAUUUUUAAUAAAACGUGAGGAAGA